GCCUUCCACGAAUUGAGCUUGAAAGCACCUGGCAACACACACAAACCCCACCCAGCCCCACCUGGGGGCAGCUGCGGCCCUUCAGCGCCCGUCCCUUAUGAGGAGAGGCCGCGCUGCCCCGGGGGCCGACGGGAGUUGGAGUCCCCCUGCCGCCGACGGAACCCUUAUUGGCCAAUGAGGAGCGGCGGGGAGUCCGGCGCUGCGCCCGCUGCGCGCUUCCUCCCGGUAGCCCGGAUGUUGCCGUUGUUGGGGCAGCCGAAGACGCGUCGGCUUUGAACGGGGAGCCGUUGGGGCGGGCCGCCAUGUCGUCUCCGGGAGGCCCCCUGGAGAAGCCGCAGAUCAUCGCGCACGCGCAGCAGAGCCUGAACUACACGGCCUUCGAGUGCAAGUGGGUGCCCAGCAGCGCCCGCCUCGUCUGCCUGGGCAGCUUCCCGCGGGGCAGCGGCGUCGUCCAGCUCUACGAGCUGCAAGGCGGCCGCCUCCACCUGCUUCGCGAAGUGAGUGAGGGACGGCGGGCCGGCGGGCGGGCGGGCGGAGCGCGGGCUCCCGCUGCCUUUCGCCGGCUGCUGCUGAGGAAUUUGGCCCGCCUCGUGUUCGUUCAGGGGAGGGAAAGGGAACGAAGAAGGGGGGAGGAGGGCGAGUUGAAUGGGCUGCCAUAAUAAUAAUAAUAAUAAUCAAAUUCAACUCUAAUCGUGCUCGUCUCCCAUGUUGUGAGAACUACAGGUCAAGGUGUGCAAAUUUAAUAAAUUAUAAUUAUUCGCAAUAAUUAUUUAUUCAAUUUUUACACCCUCAUUUGUAGUUCACAGGGCAGUUCACAACAUGCACAUACUACAUAUAUGUAUAUAUAUAAACACAAAGUACGUAAUAAAAAUAAGAACAAAAACAAGCUGAUAACACCCCCCCCCCCGUCCCACAACCUAAUUAAAAGGGUAUACAGUGGUACUUCGGGUUACAUACACUUCAGGUUACAUACGCUUUAGGUUACAGUCUCCGCUAACGCAGAAAUAGUGCUUAAGGUUAAGAAUUUUGCUUCAGGAUGAGAACAGAAAUCAUGCUCCGGCGGCAGCGGGAGGCCCCAUGAGCUAAAGUGGUGCUUCAGGUUAAGAACAGUUUCAGGUUAAGAACGGACCGCUGGAACGAAUUAAGUAUGUAACCAGAGGUACCACUGUAUAGCAGAGGUAGGCAAUCUAAGGCCUGGGGACCAGAUGCGGCCCAAUCACCUUCUCAAUCCGGCCCGCGGGCAGUCUGUGAAUCAGCGUGUUUUUACAGAAGUAGAAUGUGUCCUUUUAUUUCAAAUGCAUCUCUGGGUUAUUUGUGGGGCAUAGGAAUUCGUUCAUUCCCCCCCCCUUCAAAAUAUAGUCCAGCCCACCGCGUGGUCUGAGGGAUGGUGGACAGGCCCAUGGCUGAAAAAGGUUGCUGACCUCCGGUAUAUAGGGUGAUAAUUCGCGGAAGGACUGCUAAUAGAGGAAAGUUUUUACCUGGUGCUUAAAGAUACAGUGGUACCUCGGGAUGUGAACGGGAUCUGUUCCGGAGCCCCGUUCGCAUCCUGAAAAGAACGUAAGGCACGACUGCGCGGGUCGUGUUUCGCCGCUUCUGUACAUGACAUCAUUUUGACCGUCUGCGCAUGCGCGAGCGGCGAAACCCAGAAGUAAUGCGCUCCGUUACUUCCGGGUCGCCGCGGAGCGCAACCCGAAAAUACUUAACCUGAAGCGUAUUUAUCCCAAGGUAUGACUGUAUGCAAUGAAGGCACUAGGCGAGCCUCCUGGGCUGGUCGGCAAAGGAGUUGGGAACCCGUUGCCAGACUCCAUCAUCAUGACCAAUGGUCGGGGUGGUUUGGGAGUUGUGCACCAGAAACAUCUGGAGAGCCACAGAUCCCCCACCCUUGCAGAAGUCCAAUUUGCCUUCUCAUGCCAGGAUUAUAUGAAGGGUUGAAAUAGUGUGGAUUCAUGCUUUUAAGCAACAAGGAAAAGGCAGACAAUGUUAGGAACUAUGCGUUUGUGAAUUGCAAUUCAUCCUGAACUGAAGCAUGCCAAUUCUGAGUUCAGGUUAUUAUGUGGGAAACAGGAGUCAAUAUAUGGAACUGCUUUCAUAAGUUAUGGUUCCCUUUCCAAAGACACACCCCUCCUCAGCCCCAUUUAAAAAGGAAAGGGAAAAAGGGGGAGGGAGUCACAGGGUAGCCAGUCUUGCUGGUGUUUAUUCAGAAGUAAAGCCUGUCAGUCAGUAGAGCAUGAGACUAAGGCUGGGGUCUGGAUCUGGCCCAAUCACCUUCUAAAUCCGGCCUGCGGAUGGUCCGGGAAUCAGCAUGUUUUUACAUGAGCAGAAUGUGUGCUUUUAUUGAAAAUGCAUCUCUGGGUUAUUUGUGGGGCAUAGGAAUUUCUUCAUUUUUUUCAAAAUAUAGUGCGGUCCCCCACAAGGUCUGAGAGACAGUGGACCGGCCCCCUGCUGAAAAAGUUUGCUGACCCCUGCUUUAUAUGGCUAAUAUAUUUGGUCACCAUUGUUCACUCCCAUGUAUCACGUUCUGGCCAUUGUAAGUAGUAAUCUAAUUGUAUUCAGUGAGUGAGGUGCCUUAGGUCAGCUAAGUAAGUUUGUGACUAAGAUGAUAUUUGAAUUGGGCUCAUAGCUCACAUUCUUAGGUAAAGCUGCCUUGAGUCCCUAGUUGGGCAAAAAGACAGGAUUAAUAAUAAUAAUAAUAAUAAUAGAGACACAUUUAGAGAUGGGUGAAGAAGUGUAAAUAUUAAAAAUAGCUUCAAGAUGAUAACUAAUUUCAGUUUCAACUUUUAAUUAGGAAGAUUGAUAAUGAACUGUAAGCAUAUCCCAAAACAGGAUCAAAUACCGGUAGUAAGAGAAUCAUGUAUGGAUUGGCAUAGAUAAAAUGAAGCAAUGUAAUGUUUGUUUUACUCAGCAUUUGGCAAACUAACGUUCAUAAUCAAGCACUGUUUAGAAACCAAUAAUGAUGGGGAAAACCAUGCUGAUCACCAUGGUGAUAACCAUUAGCUUUGCUUGUCUACACAGCCCUUUGCUUCCCACACAGCUUUGGUUGCUGUAGCUAUAGCGAUGUAGGAGAACACAAUGUUGGCCGCCUUAUGCAUUGAGGAGUAGAUUGUGGAUAAAGUAUUGAGGAGUGAGAGUCUUUUCGCCCGAUAGAUUGGCUGGCCAGUUAUGUGAAAUCAAUCAUGAGGUCUUCUCAGUGAACAACUACAGUGGUGCCUCGCAAGACGAAAUUAAUUCGUUCCGCGAGUUUUGUCGUCUUGCGAUUUUUUUCGUCUUGCGAAGCACGGUGUCGGGAAAGUUUUGGAAAAGCUUCAAAAAUCACCAAAGUCUUUAAAAACCUCAAAAAAGGCUACCACAUCGCGUUCUAUGAGUUGCUCCUCGAAGUCAAGUCGCAACUGUAUUAACAGUGUUAAGAAAAAGGAAACAAACUUGCAAGACGUUUCCAUCUUGCGAAACAAGCCCAUAGGGAAAAUCGUCUUGCGAAGCAGCUCAAAAAACAAAAAACCCUUUCGUCUAGCGAGUUUUUUGUCUUGCGAGGCAUUCGUCUUGCGAGGUACCACUGUACUCUUAUUGCUUUCUAGCGUUCAGAGAAUGAAGCUGUUUUAUUUUAGCAUUGUUCUCAGUGACUAGCAGCCUAUUUACGGCACUUGUUUAAACAUAGGAUUGCAUCCAGCAUUUUUUUCCUGUUUGUGCAAGGAUUUCCACCUGAACAACAGGACUUAAUCUCUCUUUCUCCUUCCCUGCACCCCACAGCUAUUGUUAUCCCCACUCCUCUGAAGCAGGUGGAGGUGGGAGUGGGGCUGCAUGGAGAAAGGAGGCGGAGAGGAAUCCCAUUGUGCAGGCAGAACUCUUUGUGCUGGAAGGAUGACAUAAGUGGAUGCAGCUCAUAAUUUUUUUAUAAUCUGAUUUUAGUUACGCAAUCCUAUCCCCAAAACAUGUGGUAUAUAAAUAAUACUAGUUCUGAUAUUUGCCAAUUUAAAAAAUAUGAAAAGGGGAGGGAGAAAAUAAUAGGUAAGUUGCAAUCUACUUUUAUGUUUGCAAACUUAUCAGCAGUUGCUAGGUUUACUAACUAUGGACAUCUCUGAAAUAAAUUGGAAAGAAGAAUGACAGCUCAGUCUAUGGAUGCCGAUCCAAGAAUGAGUCCAACUGAAUUCAAGUGGAAUUUACUCCUAGGCAAAUGUGUAUGGGAUUGCAGCCACAGCGACUUAAAAUAGCCUUAUUAAUGACAAAUCUCUCCCAUAUUCACUUAGACAAAUCAAAUUUCAUAACCAAAAAUCAGACUAAAAUGUCUGACUUGUCUGUUAAUAUCAAUAUUCAUGGUGCAUAUUUGAAUUUUGCUAAAGCCUACCAGCAGUAACUCUUCAAACAAGAGAAACCGGCUUUUGACGUUUACUUUUUUAUCAGCACUUAAUACUAACAGAACCAGUCUGUUAGAUUGGACAAGAUAAUAAAUGUAAAAUUAUUAAGCCUUCUAGGUUUUUUUUUUCCUUUCCAGAUUGAAAAAUCAAAGCCUGUUAAAUGUGGAACCUUUGGUGCUUCUUCUCUGCAACAAAGAUACCUAGCUACAGGAGAUUUUGGUGGAAAUUUAAACAUAUGGUAAGAACAUUUCUGUUGUUCUCAGCUAAUUCAAAUUCCAAUAAUUAUUUCUGCUGUCUUAGUUUAGGAUCAUUAAAGCCUUUUAAAUGAUUUUUAUUGAGGUCUUCAGUAACAUAAAAAAAAGAAACAAUAAAUCAGCACAGUACAUACACUAAAAAGAAAGCUGGUCAAACAAAAGCAAAAAGAAACAGAACAAUUAAAAAACAAUAUCACCUUUCGCCAAAUUUACUUAUUCUUCUGACUCGAUAUAAACCAGCAAUUUCUUCUUAUCCCAAUUCCUAAUCUUAAUAUAAUAUAAAGCAUUAAACUUUGUCCCACCUUAAUCUAUUCUUGUCUAUACUUGAAUCUGAGUCCCAGCCAUUUUCAAUGUAACAUUUGUUCUGGCAUUCCAAUUUUGCAGUUUCUGCAAAUACCCUUGAACUCUUCCGUCUUCACUUUCCUCGGUCACGGAUUCUACCAGUCAUUUCACCCACAUGUGUCUCAUCAGCCAUUCACAUCUUCAGCGCACUUUUGUCUUCCAUAAGUAAAUGAGUAUUUUACGCUGUUGUUGCAUAUAUACAGUGUUCUAUCCUUAUCACAUUUGUUGACAUGCCCAGGCCUCUGGUUUCCUUUUAUGAAGGCACUUAGUCAUCUUCUUUAAAUUAUUAUAUCAUUUCAGAAAGCUCCAAUCUUGGGGGCAUGUCCCACCAAAGGUGAUAAAUGUACCUUCAGCCUCUUUCAACAUUUAUUAUCAGGCACAUGAUAUGUGCUUGAUCAGUUAUAAAAAUACUGUAUAUCAUUUCAUAAUACUCUCUGUUACAUGCUGUACCAUAUCUGUGUAUCCACACCCCAGUCAGCAACAUAAUACAGAGUAGUUCAUCUAGCCUUGCCCAUUUAAUAUUAGCAGAUUUCUGUCAAGCCAUCCUGAGUGUUCCAUUUCAGCAGCAAAUUCAUAUUCUGACAAUUUGUUUGUUCUAACACUAGUCUUCUAAUUUUGAUUUUUCACUGGAGCCAAUUCUUGUCCACUUAACAUUAUCUCAGGCCAAUGAGCCAGUCUCGCACUCUGUCCCAGCCCCAGCCUGCAACUCCCAAAUUCCACCUCAAAAUUCUGUCAUUAUAGGAUCACAAAGGUUUUAGGCAGUUGUAACCUAAUUCAGUUAUAUAGAAAAAUUAGUUAAUUAUGCCACCUCUGCAUGGUUUUGUGACUUUCCAAAGCAAUUUGUGAUAUGCAAUCAUAGACUACUAUUUUAAUUUUUAAAUAUCAGUGAACAUAUUUAGGUAGUGUUUUUAGAUACUGUUGUUUAAUAAAUUUCAUAGUCUUUUUGAAGUGUUCCCUUCACAGGUGAAAAACCACCAAAGAUAAUGGCACUUGGUGGUGGUGGUUGUUGUUGUCUUUUUUGGGAGUGGGGAGCUUUCUUCAUGCUUACCUUUUGACCCUUAUUAAUCAUGGUUUCACCAGACAGAGAAAUCCAUGAAUCUGUAUACCUUGUUAACAACUUGCUUUUGUUUCCUGCACCAGUUCUCCUAAUACAUGUAUUAACUAGAUUAAAUAAGAGUAUUUUGCAUUUUCUUCAUUUGUCCUGAUAAGCAGAGGGUGUAUGCGGGUUGUUGAAUGAUAGUAGCAUUGACUAGCUAGAAAGAAGCACUGUGUCCAGAUGCUAAAAGAAAAAGUAGAUCUUAAGGGAAAAAGAAAAACCCUAAAAAGAACAGGAUUUGCAAAUAUGGUAAGAUUACUAUUGAACUCACAACCCAAGUGGCACAUUUUACAACCUUCUGGUUCUUGUUGUCCCUUUCUUGAAUGAUUUAGAAAACUUCAGAUGUUUCUAGAUGUCAGCAGCAAAAGUUAUUUACUUUUGAAUCCCCACCCCUUAGGAUUUCACCCAACCUUAUGAUAAAGCUAUAAAAAAGUUAAAGGGACAUAUUUCAACCUCCAUUUUCCCAUUUAUUUUUCUUUCUUUCUAUCUUUUAUAUUUUUACUAGCUCUAAACAUGAUUUAGUAUCAGAUAGCAUAGCAGCAACAGCACUGAGGUGGGAGGGAAUCCUCCAGUAAUCCGCAAAUUUGCUUAUUUGCACUAAGCUAUGAUUUGGCUUAGCACUGCAUGUGAACUGGGCCUUUGCAGGCUCAGCAUACCAAUCAAAAAGUUGAAUUGUAGUCUUGAAUUUUUGUAGUUUGGAUUGUGAAGGUGUUUCUUGAACCUUUGGAAUUCCAUCAGUUUUUGGUGGGAAAGGAAAGAACACAGUUAAAAAAAAUGUUUGCAUCAAAUUUGUCAUUGUAACAAAUAGCAACGAUAAAAAUGUUGCUUCUUAAGGCUUGAGCAGGUUCAGAUUUUGAUUAAUGGGUUGUUACUCUUAAAACCACUUUUGGUUUUUGCAUCAGAAAUUUCACAAGUUUUUGCAUAUCAUUUUAAUAAUCACUGCUAUUUGAAACUGAAUUGAGAAUAGUUUGUUUUAACCAUUGUGGUAUAAAAUAUCCCUAAUUCAAUUUACUGAGAACCAUUAAAGAACACAAAACUAAUUAUGCCAUAAGCUCUCAUGGAUUUAAAGUCCAGUUCCUCAGGUGCACCAGCUUAUGACACGGUAGUUGUAUUCGUCUGUAAGUUGCCGUAAGACUCUUAGCUUCAUCUUUGGAAAUCGUAAAAAAAUAAUUGUUCCUUUCUGGUGUUUAGGAAUUUGGAAGUUCCAGAAAUCCCAGUGUACUCUGUGAAGGGACAUAAAGAAAUAAUCAAUAGUAUUGAUGGCGUUGGUGGCUUAGGAAUCGGAGAAGGAGCACCAGAAAUUGUGACGGGAAGUCGGGAUGGUGAGUUAGAUCUACUGCAGUGUCACUGGUUAGAAGGAAAAGCGAAGUGGGUUAGGAUAAAUCCAGCUAAUAGCUUCCAAUGAUUACCAUUCUUCUGUCUUCAUAUGUUAUGAACCAAUUUAGUCCUGUUAUCUAAAUUUAAAGGGUGUUUCCAUCUACUCAGAAGUAAGUACUGUUCAGCUGAAUGGGGCUUACUCCCAGUGGAGAUUGGCAUGCUUUCCUGUGAGUAAGCCUGAUUAACACAGUGGAACUUACAAGUAAACGUGCCCAGGAUUCCGUCACCUGUCUUUACCAUAAGAUAGUUUCUGAGACCUAAGCAAUUCUAAAACAUUGUUUUUUCAAACUAGGACAACUAUGUAGGGAUAUUGAGAAUGGGAAAGUGAGAGGAUUGAGAAGCAUGGGGGAUGGUCUAAGGUAAAGGUAAAGGGACCCCUGACCAUUAGGUCCAGUCGUGACCGACUCUGGGGUUGCAGCGCUCAUCUCGCUGUAUUGGCCGAGGGAGCCGGCGUACAGCUUCCGGGUCAUGUGGCCAGCAUGACUAAGCCACUUCUGGCGAACCAGAGCAGCGCACGGAAAUGCUGUUUACCUUCCUGCUGGAGCGGUACCUAUUUAUCUACUUGCACUUUGAUGUGCUUUCGAACUGCUAGGUUGGCAGGAGCAUGGACCGAGCAAUGGGAGCUCACCCCGUCGCGGGGAUUGGAACCGCCGACCUUCUGAUCGGCAAGUCCUAGGCUCUGUGGUUUAACAUAGCGCCACCCGCGUCCCCUCGGGCGAUGGUCUACUCUUGCUUAAAAAACUACUAGAUCAAAAUAUCUUGCAUCUCCCAAGCAUCGCAUGGUCAAGGGUUGUACAUGUGCACUUUCUUGAGGCCACUGGAUUCUAAGCUCCAGCAGCUGAGAAGGGCAUUGUCCCUGCCUUGCUAACUCAAGGUCCCAGUAUUUUUCUGGGAACUGGACUUGGCUGAGCGCUCACCUGAUGUCUGACAUUAAGGGUAGCAUCAUGGACUUGCGUCCUCCUGCCUGACGGAUCCAGAGCCGCUCAGUGGAGAAAGUUGGGGAGGCCAGUGCUUCUAUCAUUUACUGGAAAGGGGAGGGGAGAGUGAGAUGCAAGUGGAGAUUGGUUUGUCACUCUAAACGUGAAAGAACAUGAAUGUGCCUGAAUUUGUGGAGGGAGGACAAAGGAAUGAACAUCUAUUUCCUCUCUGCCCCCACCUUUCUAGCAGUUCAUUUUCUGAUGGGUCUUCACUUGACUUGUUUUAUUUAAUGUGGCCUUUUGCUUUCUAUGAGUUCAGUUACAAGCUCCUAUGAAUCACUUUACAAGCAUAGCAGCUUGUAGGAUGGAGAACUAGUGAAUAGCUGUUAAUUGCAGCAGUUCUAAAGUAACACUGGAUGAUGAUGUUUUGAGCUGUGCCUAUGUGCAGCAAAAAAGGUGGACGGUUAUAUUGCUCUAGCAGGGACUGACCAGGGAGGUGAGUGGCAGCAAUCGCAGACCAUCCUGUCUGAUAUCAGGUGCUCCAGAGGGUGCAGUACAUUAGCUUAAGAUAGGUCAUUGGCGUUGUGGUGUGUUUUUUUUUUUUAAAAGAACACCAGCUGGAGCAACACUGCAUGGCUGUAUUUCAUUGGGCAAGCAGAAAUGCCACGGGGUCUACAGAGAUGCAAAUCAGCAUGGGCAUUGCUACAACUAAGAAGUCCCCUGAAGAUUAAUCUGUACUGAGCAUUUGUGGCUGUCUUACAAUGUUUGCGCAUGCUUGGGCACAUUAGCUAUUCUGUAAACUAGUAACUGAUAGUUUUAAAUAAGUCCAUUUCUUGUGUACAUUCCAGGCCCUGUUGAAGUUAGUGGCACAAUAUCUCUUGUUUUUAAUAGAUUGCCACCAGAUGUCAGAGCAAAUCAAGUUUACUUAGGUAUAAUAGGGGAGCAAAAAAGGAUGAAAAUAAGAAGAGUCUAUUUCUGAUUUCCCCACCCUUAAAUCAUGUCGAGCUUUCGUUAAAACUUAUUGAAUUAUAAGCCUGUAGUAUAAAGAAGCUUUUUCUAUUAUUCUGUUUCAAAGGGAUGUCAGAUGAGGACCAGGCCUUUUUGCGGGGUGGGAUGAGUAGGAUAUGAAAAAAAGCAAAGCAGCAAUCUAAAAACAAAAAUCUGUCAGAUUUUUAAGACUAGGAAGAGGAUGCUCUUACAGCUCUAAUUAAUAAGACUACACCUACUGAUUAGUGCAGUCUAUCACUGCUUAUCCAUAGUUGUCCUCCCCGCCCCCUGCCCAACUAGUAUAUACUUGGUAACAGCAGUCUUGGCCAGCCUUUUUCCAUUCCAGGUUCCUCCUCAGCUGCCAUAUGAUAUGGUUACAAGGGUACUGCAAUCAGAUCUACAUAUGCUGUAUGUUCUAUUUUGAGUCCCACAUAGAACAGGGUUUUCACAUAAGUCAUUAGAGGGCUAGGGCAAACUGAUAUCUGCAUAUAUGAGGAUACAAAAAGAACAACAUCAAGACAAUUGCAGAAAGAUCUGUAUAAUUUACAUAUAAAAAUGUGUGGUAUUAGUAGGCCUGCCUUCUUAAUGGAGAUUACAGCUUCCAGGAAACGGAAGCUAGUAUUUUAGCUGAGUUGCAUCUUCUUUAAUUUAUCAGUUAGUCUGCUCAUUGGAUGAAACAGCUCAUCCAUCAAAUUGUGAAAGCAUUGAAACAAACUCUUCUAUUUUUUUAAAAAGUACAUUCAAAAUGAAUAGGAGUAAGGGAGACAUUAAUAGGUUUUAUUAAGCAAGUUGCUGGGGCCGAAGUGAUAGAAUAAAUGCCACCAGGUAUUUUAUCAGUAAAAUAAUAAUCCAUUAUCCACUUUUGCAGGGACUGUGAAGGUGUGGGACCCAAGACAAAAAGACACUCCAGUUGCCAAUAUGGAACCAGCCCAAGGAGAGAGCAAGAGAGACUGCUGGACAGUUGCGUUUGGUAAGGCCUCUCUUGAGCUGGUUGAUUUUUGAUGGCAUACAAACAUAUAUCAUGGAACUUGUCUUUGCUCCCAUCGCUUUUGUACCAUAACAUGGAGUUUAAAUGACUCUAUACGAAAUGGAGUCUGUAGAGUGCUGCUUUUGGAAAUAUAGCUUGCAGCUACUUCCUUUUCUCUUUGAUCUUCUCGGGGUUCUAGCUUUCUGUUGCAGAAGCACCACUUCUGUCUCCAAGAAUGCAGUUUUGACAUUUUAAAUAAAAUAAGUAAUACAGAAAGACAGUAAAAGGUAAAGGGACCCCUGACCAUUAGGUUCAGUCGUGACUGACUCUGGGGUUUCGGCACUCAUCUCGCUUUAUUGGCCAAGGGAGCCGACAUACAGCUUCCGGGUCAUGUGGCCAGCAUGACUAAGCUGCCUCUGGCGAACCAGAGCAGCGCACGGAAACACCGUUUACCUUCCCGCUGGAGCGGUACCUAUUUAUCUACUUGCACUUUGAGGUGCUUUCGAACUGCUAGGUUGGCAGGAGCAGGGACCGAGCAAUGGGAGCUCACCCCAUCGCGGGGAUUCGAACCACCGACCCUCUGACCAGCAAGUCCUAGGCUCUGUGGUUUAACCCACAGCGCCACCCACUUCCCUACAGAAAGACAGUAGCUUGCACUAAAUCUUUCCAGCUGUUGCCCUUGUCCUUUGUUAAAUGCCUUUAUCUCUUCUUGAAUAGUAAUAACCUGUCAUUCCAGGACUGGUUUUCUACCAGAAAUGCAUGAUGCUUUUAUAACAGAAUAGGUGCACAAAUGUGACUUGUUAUAAAAAUUGUUGGUCAUAUGAUUUUUUAAGCAGUGCCUCUUUUUUUUUCUAACUAGGUAAUGCUUACAAUCAAGAGGAACGUGUUGUAUGUGCCGGCUAUGACAAUGGGGAUGUCAAGUUGUUUGACCUUAGGAACAUGACACUGCGGUGGGAGACCAACAUCAAGAAUGGGGUAAUGUUUCACAAAUGUAUGUCUAAAUGUCCAUCUUUUUAAAAAAUUAUUUUUUGCAAUACAGAUACUUCUAGUCUGGGAAUUAUGCUUAGUGCGAUUAAAAUUAAGCUGCAUAUUUAGUUAUUUUUUUCUGUGCACUUUUUGGGGGGUAUGGCAAAAAAAUAUUACUCUUUUUAUGACAGUAGUCAGUACAAGUUGCUAAGCUUGCAUUUGUCCUCAAUACUUUGUAGUUCAGGCUUUGGAAAUGACAUUGAAGGAUGUCUUUGUUACAAGGCACGGAUCUGUAGAGGAAUAAAAUCUACACAGUUAGAAUGAGAAAUAUACCGUAUUUUUCCGUGUAUUAGACGAGGUUUUUUGACUAAAAAGUCAUGUCAUAAAACUGGGGUCGUCCAAUACACGGGUAGUGGCAAGGGGUGGGGGAAGUGGUGCGACUGCCAGUCAGCCGGUUGGCGGGACCGCAAUUUCCCCUGAUGCUGCAGCGAGUGCGAAACGAUCUAGGGAGUUUUUCCUGCCCACAGCUGCAUGGGGGGAGAAGCUAAACAACUUUGGGCCAUCUCCCCUCAUUUUCUUAAAGCGGAGUCUCAAAAAUGGGAGGCGGGUUUCUUAUACAUGGGGGCAUAUUAUAGAUGGAAAAGUACAGUAGUUCACUAAAUGAAAAGUGUAGUUCUAUACAGAGUUCAGGGUACCCAGUCCUCUUGGCUGGGAUUCCCUCCUUUCCCCUAAAAAUCACGCAGUAGGUCUGGGGCCUGUGUUCUGGAACGGCAAGCUCCCUUGCUACAGUGGUGCCUCGCAAGACGAAAUUAAUCCGUUCCGCGAGUAUCUUCGUCUAGCAGUUUUUUCGUCUUGCGAAGCAACCCUCUUAGCGGAUUAGCGCUAUUAGCGGUUUAGCGGCUAUUAAAGGCUUAGCGGCUUAGAAAAAGGGGGAGGGGAGCGGAAAAAAAUCUCAAGACUCGCAAGACAUUUUCGUCUUGCGAAGCAAGCCCAUAGGGAAAUUCGUCCUGCGAAGCAACUCAAAAACGGAAAACCCUUUCGUCUAGCGGGUUUUCCGUCUUGUGAGGCAUUCGUCUUGCGGGGCACCACUGUACAUGUCAAACCACUUCUGAAACUCUUUUUUAUUUUUUUUUAAAUUUUCAAUGCAAAAUUACAAACAAAAAUUACAAACAUUGAAUCCAAGAUAAUACUAUACAAACAAGAAAGAAAAACAGAACACCAAAAAGGAAACAAAAAACAAAAGAAAAAGCACACAUCUACAAAUAAAACCAUAUCUUCAUUCUAAUCUAGUCAUUACAUACAUAUACACAUAUUGACCUUGUUCCUUUGUCCCUUUUACUCUUUCUAAAUUGUGUCUAAUGUAGAUCACUUUUAUCUUUAUACUUUUUUACACCAUUUUUCUUUUUCUUUAACCCUGUAAAGCAUCAUUCAUUACAUACCGAUAUGUUUAUUCCAGAGCAAUGUUUUUUCAUAUACUCUUUAGCACAUCCCCAUUCUUUUAAUAAUUUCUGGUCCGAUUGUCCCCUUAUGAAUGCUGUGAGUCUUGCCAGAUUUAUAGAUUCACAAAAUUUAAUUUGCCAUUCUUUCAUUGAUGGAAUUUUUCUCCCUUUCCAAUUUUUUGCUAUAAGCAUCCUGGCAGCUACCACUUCUGAAACUCUUGUAGUCUCAAAGCCAGAUUACAGUCGAUCAUGGAGGUCUGCUGUUAUAACAGGAAUCCCACGAGGCAUGCCUAAGCUUUUGGAUUGCUCCCAAGGUCCCUAAUUACACUUCCCUUGGCAAGUGUAUUUGCUGCCCCCUAUCAGAAAAUCCCCAAUUGUGUAGCUAGAGAAACAGCUUGAGGUUCUCUUUACUGUUGCACGGUAUUUUGGAGGUGCUCAGAACGCCCCCAGAGUUCAGUGCAACCGCAGUGAAAAUCCCUUCCUGGUAGGAAAGGAAGGCACAGAAGCACACCUAAAAAACAGCAAGGCCCACUCUUUUCCUUUUGAGCUGAAGACUUGUUAUGCUUGCUUCUACGCUUCUGUGGUGCUCCAAUCACCUGAGAAGGUAAAGAAGAAAAUGAGCCCCAGCCUGGUCUCCAGUUGGAAUUCAAGGCGUGGGGCAGGCAUCAGCCUACCAUUGUGCUGGCUUAUGAGGCUGCUUCUUAAAUUGCCCUACGAUUCAGGAAUAUUCUCCCCUAUUCCAAACUUCAGAGUAAGGGAGGGUAGCAGGUGAUUGCCCAUAACCCUGGAUUGUAUUGUGGCAAUUGGGGAAGGACCCUUGGAAACGGGUCAGGAUCCCAGAGACUAUGUAGUUUGGGUUGGCUGCUACUGCCAGCCAAAAUUUGUGAAUCCCCGUUGAGAAGGAGGAAGAGGGUGAGACGACAGCCACAAACUCAGGGCCUGUUCCAGCUGGACUGUCUUCCCACUCUACCCCACCCCAGUCAACUUUACAUUUUAUACUAUUUAUUUUAGUCCUUUAAAAUUGUAAGCUGCCUUUGGUACCUUGGCAGAAAGGCAAUAUAUGAAUGAAUGAAUGAAUGAAUGAAUAAUAUGCAUAUAUAACUAUACCCCAGAAGCGUCACUUUGAUUCUAGGCAUACCUAAAUGUACAUAGGAAUGGCCUGCAUGCCUUUCCAUCUUGAGCUUUUUCUCAGUGGGACUUGCUUCUAAAUAAAUACAGUUAGGAUUGCACCGCAAUUCCGCUGAAGUCUUAAUGCUUGCUUGCUUUAUGCUCCUAGGUUUGCAGUCUUGAAUUUGACAGGAAAGAUAUAAAUAUGAACAAAUUGGUAGCAACAUCACUUGAAGGAAAGUUUCAUGUUUUUGACAUGAGGACUCAGCAUCCAACUAAAGGUUUUGCUUCAGUUUCAGAGAAGGUACGGUAUAAAACACAGGCUGUUCAUUGUUCUGACAGAAAAUAUGCUACUCUUGCCAUGGGGAAGAGGCAAAGCAAAAAGUUUAGGUCGGAACAGAUACUCAUAAGGAUACUAUGACUGGGGCCCUAAACCUCUGGAAGACUUCUCCCCCUGAACACUCUCAUGGGGCAGUAGUCAACUAACUUUUUGCAGUGGAGAUUUUUUUGGUAAACUUCUAUGAAGAGGUUCUUUUCUCCCCCAGUCGUAUAUAAAUGUUGUGAAAUAAAUUGUGGGACGAGGGCCUUCUGGCGGUUCCCUCGCUGCGAGAAGCCAAGUUACAGGGAACCAAGCAGAGGGCCUUCUCGGUAGUGGCACCCACCCUGUGGAACGCCCUCCCACCAGAUGUCAAAGAGAAAAAUAACUACCAAACUUUUAGAAGACAUCUGAAGGCAGCCCUGUUUAGGGAAGCUUUUAAUGUUUAAUAGGUUAUUGUAUUUUAGUGUUUUGUUGGAAGCCGCCGAGAGUGGCUGGGGAAACCCAGCCAGAUGGGCAGGGUAUAAAUAAUAAAUUAUUAUUAUAUUAUUAUUAUCUUUGAGCGAAGAAAAGGCUAAGUUUGGAGUGCGGUUGGGUGGUGCCUUGUAUGCUUCCUUCCAGCAGCUCCUCCAGCCAAGCUGGUGCCAAAUGUCUGAGCUGCCCCGCCCUGCCCCAAAGGAGGUGCCGCCUCACACUGCCCCACAGGGGCCUGGGAAGCACCCCCUGGCCAGCCCCAGAGGCACCAUUUGCUAGGGCUGCUGCAGCUAGCAGUCACACAAGCCUUUGGGAGGCAGAGAUGCGAGAGGGCAUCAGAGGAGGGAAGGAAGGAAAGAGGGACGGAGGCCAGUGUUGCCCGUGGCACCCCUGACCAACAUUCAAGGCACGCCAGGGUGCCAUGGCACACGGGUUAAAAAUCACUGGAUUAGACUAAUGUAUGUACAAUUUUUGUAUAACUUUGUUGUUAGGCCCACAAAUCAACCAUGUGGCAAGUUCGGCAUCUUCCACAGAACAGAGAUAUAUUUGUGACUAGUGGAGGAGCCGGAAACCUUCACCUUUGGAAAUAGUAAGUAUUUACUGUUCAUCUGGGUGGGGGGGGGCAGAGAAGUAGGACCAGGUUUGUCUGAGUAGCCCUAAUUCUGUACAUUUAGUUACGGGUUAUGGUGAUGGUAGCUUUUCAUGUCGUAGGAGAGCUUGCUGUUAAGACCGAAUUAUUAGAAGUGGCUUAGCUUUGCAUCUGCAACCUAACUUUUUUUUUUGGGCAGUGGAUAUACAUUGCAGGGGGGCGUGGGUGGCGCUGUGGUCUAAACCACAGAGCCUAGGGCUUGCCGAUCGGAAGGUCGGUGGUUCGAAUCCCCACGGCGGGGUGAGCUCCCGUCGCUCAGUCCCAGCUCCUGCCAACCUAGUAGUUUGAAAGCACAUCAAAGUGCAAGUAGAUAAAUAGGUACCGCUCUGGCGGGAAGGUAAAUGGCGUUUCCGUGUGCUGCUCUGGUUCGCCAGAAGCGGCUUAGUCAUGCUGGCCACAUGACCUGGAAAAACUGUCUGCGGACAAACGUUGGCUCCCUCAGCCUAUAGAGCGAGAUGAGCGCGCAACCCCAGAGUCGUUCGCGACUGGACCUAACGGUCAGGGGUCCCUUUACCCUUUACCUUAUAUGUCGCAGGAAACUUAAAUAAUUUUGCCAUCACUUUGUGUUCAAACGCAGCUGUACAUUCCUCUGCCAAAUGAAAAUAUAUGAUCUUUGUUCCAUAGAUUGAGUACCUUACUAGUGUUCCUAACAGUGACUGUCCUCCUGUAACAUGUUAAUGCUAACAAGUCCCUGAAAUAAUACUUAACCAACACAGAUUUGUUUCUAUUCUCCCUGUAAGUCUGUACAGGGAACACACUGUCCAGUGGCUUAAGCCCUUUGUUUCUUCUCUGCCUAGCUCCUACAAACGGAGAUAAUUUCAUUCUCCCUUACUCAAGGGUGGCUAGUUAGAACUAGAGUAUGGGGGGGGGUUUGCUGAGCUGCUAGGCUCUUCCACUCUGUGAAUUGGCUUGAUGUUUAUAUGAGCCUUCUUGCUCCAGAAGCAGUGUGCUUUGCUCCAGCACAGAUGCCAUUUAAAACUAACUUCUGAACAGAACCACAAACUCCACCCUCUUGGGUGGGACAGACAAGAGAAGAGGUUUUAGCUCUUUUAAAUGGCUACACUGAGCACAUACUGAAUAUAAUAAAAUUCAGGAAUAGCAUACAUCUUCUGUUUUUAAUGUCUGUCUUUAUCGUUUUUAAAAUUACUCCAGCUAGAGGUUUUUUUGUAAGUAGCAUACACGUCUUGAUAAAUAAAUUUCAGCAUACAUAUUUAUGUAUUUUAACAUUUUACCAAGGAGCUUUAUAGAACAGAAAGCUUAUUGACACAGCCUUGAUCAGGCAUAGAUGUUUUGGGGCUACAAUUCCCAUCAUCCCUGACCACUGGUCCUGUUAGCUAGGGAUCAUGGGAGUUGUAGUCCCAAAACAGCUGGAGGGCCACGUUUGCCUAUGUCUGGCCUUGAUGUUUAACGUCCUUCUGAGCUUUGGUUUGCCAAAGGCUGCAGUAUUCACUUGCCUGGGAUUUCUCCCCAUUGAAUUCAUUAGGACUUCUGAACAGACGUGCAUAGGAAUGUACUGUAACUUAGCAUUAUUAAAAUUCUGGAAUCUUCUGCAUUUCCUUUGUGAUAUCUCCCAUCUCCCGCAAUGUCAGUAUGAUAUAGUUUCUGGGGGUUGGAUUUGAAUGUGAAGAAACCAGGUUGAGGAGUCACUUGUGAGAUGCAUGGAGUGACCUUAGGCAAGUCACGAUCUUAGCCUAAACCAACUUACAGGAUUGUUGUGAGGGUAACAUAAGAUACCCAUUGUAAGUGACCCUGAACUCUUUGGUGGAAAUAUUGAUAUGAAAAAAGAGCAUGUGGUGUGUGCUUAUAACAGGCUUUUCACAUACCUUUUUUGAUCUAUUUUCCAGUGAGUAUCCUGCGCAGCGGUCUAAGCAAGAUUCAGAGGGAAAUGAGAUGGGAGUAGCAGGUUCGGUUAGCCUUUUACAGAAUGUGACGUUGUCAACACAACCUAUUUCAAGCCUUGACUGGAGCCCUGACAAAAUGGGUCUCUGUGUCUGUAGUGCCUUUGAUCAGACACUGAGAGUACUCAUCGUCACUAAACUGAACAGGAUUUGACAAAGGACUUCUAAGGAGCAAAAAUGUAUGAGUUCCAGAGCAAGAACCUUUUAGAAAUGUAAUGGAAUCUCUGUAUGACCUCAUGCUACAGAACAAAAUGUGAAACAUUUUGUCUGGGGUACUUUUCACCAUUUUGAAGUGUAGCAUACAUUUCUACAACCUGUGCCUUCAGUUUUAGCACAUUAAGACCUGUUUGUAUGUGACACACUUAAGUUCAAGGUUUCUUGUGGUUGUGGCCUUUUUUUGUACAGCAGUAAAAAUUUGUUGACAUUUGCUUAAACCAUUUUUAAUCAUUUUGUGUGUCUGUUGCCCACAAAACUAAACCAUAUCUUAGAAACCAACUUCCAGAACUAGCAAGUGUUUUUCCUUUAAAGUACUGCAUUUGUUAGUAUGUUCACCAAAAUGGCUUGGAUUGCACUUAUUUUCUGCAUUUAAAAUUUGAACAGCAGUAUUUUAAUGUAAUAAAGGUUAAUGUUUGUAGUGAUAUUUUUCAGUUAUUGGCUGCUUAUUUAAAAUAUGAUAAAUAAACAUGAAUGGAAUAGUAUUA